AUUAAAGCGAACUCAGAGUGGACAGCGGGAGGAGUAGUAUUAUUUGCUGUCCGAUUCCUUGCGAAGGGCGAGUGAAAUGGGAGAUACCCUGGAAGUUGGAUUAAUGAUAACGCCUGAAACGCCUGGGCGUCCCAGAGUUCUCAACCCCUUUGAGAGUCCAAGUGAUUAUCACAGCUUGCAUGAAUCAAUAGUCGCCAGCCCUUCAGUUUUCAAAUCUUCCAAAACUUCAUCUGCAACUCCUGGAACAUUUAAAUGGUCAAUAGAUCAGAUUGCUAGUUUGAACCCAGUUGACAUUGACCCUGAAGACAUUCAUCAGCAAUCUCUGUAUAUGAGCCAAGUAAGGACUGAUACAGAAACUGAGGACAGAAGACAAAAAGCAAUUGAACAGUUCUUCACGAAGAAUAUGAUUGUCCCUUCUCCUUGGACUCAACCAGAAGUAAAAAUAGCCGCACAGUUCCAUUCAACAAGAUGUCCCAUUUCUCCCGUGGAUCAUGCAGUUAAUAUUCCACCAGGAAAAACAAAUGCUGCCUGUCAAACACUGCUGUCAUUACCAGUGGAUUUUGAUCUGGAAAAAAUACUAGGCGAUUAUUACAAGACUGAGGAGGCAGCUGACCAGUCUCAUGAGAGCCUGUGUUCAUCAUCUCUGCGACGAAAGCUCUUCCUGGAUGGCAUUGGGAGUGAAUCAGAGGUUUCUACCUCACCUACCCCAGAAAGGAGCCCCUGUGUUGCAUCUUUUGGGUCAAAUGGGGUGCUGUCUUCAUCAGAUUUGUCACCGGUCCAUUGUAAAACUCCAGUGGAAACACAAAGCUCUGGACAGUUUUCUUCUAGUCCUAUUCAGGGUGGGUCAAGAGCCUACAGUUUGGGAAGUGUGACGAGCCCUACUUUUUCUGAAAGGGUUUUACCUGGUUACAAUUCCCCUAUUUUGUCUCCCAUUUCACUCCAAAGUGGAAAAACUCCAGGAUCAGCGGAACGGAGGAAAUUGAACUUUCUCUCCCCUGAUGGUGCCUCUCUGGGCAGCUCUAACUGUAAAGUUAAGUCCUGCAUUGGAAGUCCAUUUGUAGAGGGCUGCUCUCCCAUUAGAAGUUGUUCCCCCGUGGGGUCCAGUAAUUGCAGGGCUGUGCUGCGCAGCAGAGCUUCGCCUGUCCAAUUGUCUUUUACACUUGAACCAACUGUUGAAGACGAGGAAUGUUUUCCACCAAUGGGCAACUUGGUGUCAAUGGACGUGGACACAUUCUCUAUGCAUUCUGAUGCAGUUGCAGUGAAGUGUGAAUCAUUCUUGAUUACUGGAGGCAGAAGGGAGUCUGCAGCAUCAGCCGUUAUUGAUUCAAGGGUACCUUUAGAACAAACGGAAGAAUCAAAGGAAAACAGUACUGUGGAUAUGGCAGACCAAGUAGAAACUGCAGAGGAUGAUAGCACAUGGGCAAAGGGUGAUGAUAAUGCAAACAUACCACUGACAAGCUCCAGGACUGGAAGUAUAUCAUAUUCCCACUCUCCUAUGUGCUUGUCACUGCUGGUGGAAAGUAGUGCCAUUCCUUGUGACAGCAACAGUAUGCAGGUGGACAGUGGCUAUAACACACAUUCAACUGGUAUAAGCAGCAUUAUAGAUGGCAUUAGUUCAGAGAACUGUGGAAAGGAAUUGCUGGAUAUCCAAAUGCCAGAUGAAACCCUAGUAUUAUGUAGCAAACCUCUGCAUUUUAAAUCCAAGUUACAUCAUAUACAUCAUUGAUGAAGAUGACUGUGGCUCUUGCAACAGCUUUAUGAAAUUCCUAGAGAAACAGUAAACCAUGCAUUUCAAUCAAAUUCCAGUGUAUGAAUGUAGUUUUAACCUUAUAAUGCCCAAGCAUCUUGAAAUGAGAAUACAAAAAUGGGCAUUACACAGUUACAGUUAAAAUCUAUUUGUCAGGUCCUUGCACUCAUAAAAUUGACAUAUUGGGUCAGAUGUAUGUUUUUACUGUAAAGUGCAAUUGCACUAUUUAAAAUAUGUAUGUGUGUGUGUGUAUUGUUCAACAGGGGGAUUAAAAUUGUGACAAAACUUUGGUAAACCUUCUGGCCGAAAACCUUUUGAAAAAGAUAAUAUAAUUGUUAUUUUAUACUAAAACCUGAAUUCUGCAUUAUGGAAUCAUUUUAUUAAACUACAUUUUAUUUAUUCUUAAAGGAGACUUUUAAUACUGUUAGUAAUUUUAUAUGGCACACAUAAAUAGGAUCAGCUCACUAAAACAUUAGAAAGUUUUUUUUUUUUUUUUUAAGCUGGUUUUCAAAAGGUAAUAUUAGGUCAUUCAAGACAAGUGUUAAUGGAUAAAACCGCAUGUUAUUUUAAGGGCUUUUCAAUAACUGUUUAUACCUCAACAUUCAAGUAUUGUACCAGAUAUCGAAGUGGUCUUGAUACUGACAGAAUGAUUGAUUUUAAAAGGAGCAUGAUGACAAUUCUGAUUUAAGGACUUAAUUGUUACACUCAUUUAUGAAACAGAAGUAAUAAUGGUCAGUCUGUGUUUUGAUUAGUUCUUUUAUAAUUGAUUGUUGCUGUCAACAAUCUUUAUGCUGUUAUUUUUUAUUUCAUAACUCAUUUUGAGAUGAAUUAUAUUUUAUAGCAUUAAUGUAAUGUACAGUGAUUGGAAUUGGGGCAGGGCAUAUAUUUAUCACAAUAAAGUUCUUUUUUUUUUUUUUUUAUUAUCUUGCCGAGUUAAGUCUAUUAAUUUAGUACCCUGGGAGGCAGAUUUGCACAAAGGGUGUACGAAGUAACAUGGUGCCUCUAUCUUUGAUCACCUUCAUAAGUAACAAUAGUGUUGUUGUUCUUAAUAAAAAUGAAAUAUGUACAUUGACAGUAUGCUUACAGCCAUGUUAGAUAAAGGAGGGCUUACUAAUGAUCUGAAAAUCAAUCAUAACAAACACCACAUUAGAGCUGAACUUCUGCAUCCUGGUAGUUGCUGUACAUGACAUUGUCUGAUUGCAGCUAGACUAUUGGAGUGACUUUGAAAUUGAACACCUGAAGUAUUAUAUUUUGAUCUAUAGUAUGUUAAGUAUAAAAUGCAAGCAUAAAAAACAAAAUAUAGUUAACUGAAACAGUUGUAACAAGUAUGUCCCUCUCAUACACGACCAGCAUCCCCCCUGCCGCCAAUCAGUAUGACACAAAACAAUUGUGCAUUUUGUGAUGAAAGCAUGUGUUGUUCAGACAAGCUGAGAACCAGAUGUCCAUUUUGAAAUGAAAAUGCUUGUUUCCUGUAACAUGUGUUUCUAAAAAAGAAUUGCACAUUUUAGACCCAUGUAGCUAAGAUUUAUGAUUUAUGGUUUUACAUUCCAGUUAAGGUAAAAUCAUAAUAUGGUUUGUAGGGUCUAAAUUCGGAAAACUUCCUGUGAUCAUUUCCGUGUUUAAAGAAAAAGGUAAACAUUGGACACAGUUUUAUCAAUCUACUUCAUAUCAGAAAAGGUGAACAAAAAGAAGCAGCUCCAGUUCAACAUGACAGAAAUGUAGUUUUUCAUUUGUAGAAUAUUCCAUACAAUUAAGUAUGCAUUGUAAUGUUUACUCGUACGCAACAUAUGUCUCCCAGCUACAGCACCUAUUUUUUUUGGGGGGGGGGGAUUUCUGAUGUUUGAGCUCUAUGAUCUUCAAGCUAAAAUUUGUCAAGUUUCACGCUUUAAUCAAAGUGCAACAUUUUUUGUUUAGUCGCUGCACUAUAUGGGCCACACAGCCUCUUCUCAUUCCCAGCAUUUAUCUGCUUAUUAGAAUCUGCUGCAAAAUUCAAUACUGAAUGAGAGAGCUGGAACACUGAAGUCAUGGGGAAAAUAACCACAGCACUCCAUGAAUGUGCACAGAGAUUUUUUUUAAUGUAAAAAGUGAAGUACAAUGUAUUGAAAAAAGAAUGUAUGUUGAAUCCGGGGGAUUGCUUUCUGUAGAUCACUCAGUCUCAAGUCUAAUUCAGAGCUCAACAUGUCUGACAGAGUGAAACUUUGCUAGACUAUUUACAUAAGCAUAUGAAAACUAACAAUAGAAAAGAUGAAUGACAAAAUGUUUUAACAUGAUUGUGUGUACUGCAUAUUGUGUGCACUGUAGAUUGUGUGUACUGCGUAUUGUGUGCACUGUAGAUUGUGUGUACUGCGCAUUGUGUGCACUGUAGAUUGUGUGUACUGCGUAUUGUGCAGUGUAUUACACUGACGCAACUUUUACUUGCAUAAAUUAAAUCAUUAUUAUAGGAUCUAGCAUGCAACAAAUUUAUAGCCUAAUUUGGUAUUCAUUAUGUUUGACUCCCCCUCAUCACACUUAAUUGUACUUUGUUUGCUAACUGAGAUGUAAAGUUGCGAGAAUUCAAAACAAUUUGUUUCACAAUAUAUCAAUUAACUAAACUAGAAAAGUACAAACGUGACCUACCAGUAUUUACAGCUGUGUUCUCACUGAAAUUUCCUAUUUAUAACUUAAAGCUCCUUAUUUAUCUUUAGUUACACAAGCUAGAAU